AUGUUAACUGGUAAUCCUCAGCAAAAUAACCCACCUACCCAGCAGACUGGCGGAACCCAUAAGCGAUCACUGGCCAUGGCUGGUAGGAACGCUAACGGUACUCCGCUCCGGAAGAUGCGCUCCCUGAAUCAAGAGGGACGGGAGCCGGAGAAGCAGAUUGAUCAGUCAGAUUAUGAAGAAGCAAUACUAGAGACUGAAGAGCUUUAUCAUUAUGAGGAGGAGGCUCAAGGUUACGCCCGUCGUGAGUACGGCACCAAUGGUGCUAGUAACUAUUCGACAGGGGGUCACCUUCUCAUCAAGCCAAAACUCUCUUCCUUCACCUCAAAGAUACUAAACCAUCCGAUGUCUAGAAUCAAGAUGCCUUCCUCCAAGUAUGAUGGCACAUCUGAUCCUGACGAUCACGUAGCGGCCUACGAAGGUCACAUGUUCUUAUACACGCAGGUGGAUGCCAUCUGGGGUAAGGUCUUCCAUCCACGGCGCCGCGAGCACACUAUCGGAGAAUUGUUAUCUGUGAAGCAAGGCGAAAAUGAAAGCUUGCGAGAUUAUAUUGGCAGUUUAAAUGUUGAAGCGGUCUCAAUACCGAGAUUGCAGCAGGAUGUGGCCGUGGAUGAUCGUGAGCGUUAUGAUCGGGUCAGAGCUGACCCGGAAGGAGGUGGUCGUGAUAAGGGUGAACGUAAGGAAAGAUUUGAUGCAUAUACCCAGCUCACCACCUCUAGAAGUCAUAUUUAUUUGAUGAAUAAGGACAGUGAUAAAUGGCAGCGUCCGAAACAGAUGUUCCACAAAAAUCGAGAUAAGAGCAUAUGGUGUGAUUUCCAUGGGGAUUACGACCACCUGACCGAAGACUGCCGGCAUCUUAAGGAUAAUUUGGAAGAUUUGCUAAAAAGAGGUUAUUUCAGCAAGUAUAAGGCUCUGACUAAAGAAGGAGAUCUAGUGAAACCAGCAAACCGGAAUUUCCAGUCAUGGAUCAGUGAAAUCCAUGUCAUUAGUGGCGGUCCAAUUCAUGGAGGAAGCGUGAGUAGAGCAAAGGCAAGCCUAAAAGAAUUCAGGCAUCAUGUAAACUUCAAUGGAAGUCUGCCAUGGAAGAAGCCGCCAGCGAUGCCAGUAAUGUCAUUCACCUUGGAGGACGCUAAACAUGUCGUUUACCCUCACAACGAUCCGUUAGUAGUCACUAUGAAGAUCUCAAACUGCCUGGUCCACAGAAUUUUUGGUGGACGGAGGCAGCUCUGCAAAUAUCCUCUAUCUAACAAUGUUUGA